AUGCCUUUCUACCAGGUUCACCACACAUACCCCCUCACGCAGCAACAGCGGCAAUCCAUUGCCCUCUCCAUAACCAAUCUUCACUGCAGUGCGUUUGCCACGCCUGCUUUCUUCGUUCAUGUAAGCUUCAUUAAACAAGAGUCAAAGUCCGAUGAUGGAACCUACUUCAUGGCCGGAAAGCCGCACUCCAGCAAUUCCAAUCGCAUCAUUGCGCUAGUGCGAACAUCGGCUUCUCGAAAGAAGGAGGACUUUGAUGCGCUGGCAGCCAAAAUCGAAGACGCUUGGAACGGCGCUGUCAAAGAGCCGGGCAAAGAGGACGAGUUUGAUGAAGCAAAAAGGCUUCUGAUGGUCGUGUUUACGCCAAUGUUGGCGAUCAGGGAGGGCGGGAUGACCAUUCCCGAAGCUGGCCACGAAGAUCCUUGGCUUAGGCAGCAGUUGCCAUAUUUCAAGGAGAUGAGCGAAAAGCGUGGCGUCAAGGACUUUGCGGACCUGUUGGAAGAUCUGAAGCAGAGGGAAGGAUUUCAAAGUCUGCUCAAUUAG